GACGUGACGUCACUGCCCUGAAUUUCAUAAUCGUCGAUCACUUGAGCGAAAUUUUACAUAAAUUUUUCAAUCGACACUUCGCUCAAUUUUGCACAAGAAAUAUCUCGCAUUUAUCAGUAAAUAUAUGUAAAGCAUGCAAUUACAAACUUUAACAACAUGCUAUAAUUAGCCCAUAAUUAACCUACAAAUGAGACAAUCGAUAUCAAUGAGGCAUCAGAAAUCAAAACUUAUUGCUGAAAAUUAUUUUAAAAGAAUUAGUCAUACUUUUCUCAAAUGCAUAGCUACGUAUUCUGAUGUAUUUUUUAAGGUUGUAAUUUCUAGGUUAGUCAGAACCGAAGACUGACUCUCGCGAGAGAUUACUCUAUUAACAAUUGUUUACGUAUUCAUUAUUCACAAAAUCUGCAUGUCACAUCGCGUGAUAAUUAAAUUGCUCAUAAUAUGACGCUUCUCUGGAAAUUAUUGACUAAUCCUGAUAUCCUGCGAAAAUCAGGAUGUUGCGGCGUCAGGGUAUCAUCACGAAAAUUAUUUGGCUCGAGCUUGACAAGACAGAACUUUAGAAUAUCAAGGAAAGGACGUAUAUUUAUUGAAUUGAGACAUCAUACGUCCAACGUUAUCGGAUCCGACACUUCGAUAUCCAUCGUACGUUCGCUUAAGACGAAAAAAAGUUCAGAGUUGAAGAACCUAAUUUUGCUAGCUGCACCUGAAAAAUGGACCCUGAUAAAAGCCAUCGCAUUUCUGCUCGUAUCCUCCAGUGUAACCAUGGCUGUGCCAUUUUGUUUCGGCAAAGUGAUAGACGUUAUCAACACUAUGGAAAAAAAAAACAUGAAAGAAGAACUCAAAAAGCUAACGCUUGCUCUCUUUGUAGUAUUUCUCAUAGGUGGUGUGAGUAACUUUAGUAGGGUUUACUUAAUGUCUGCAGCAGGACAUCGAAUUACACAGUCUCUGAGAAAAAAAGCAUACGCUGCGAUUCUACGACAGGAAACAGCAAUGUUUGACAAAGAAAGUACAGGAGAACUAGUUGGUAGAUUAAGCGGAGAUACGCAACUUAUUAGUUCUGCAGUUACAUCUAAUGUAUCUGAUGGUUUACGCUCCGCUAUUAUGGCCAUUACAGGAGUCUCCAUGAUGUUUUAUGUAUCACCAUCACUCGCUUUGCUCGGCUUAGCUAUAGUACCACCUGUCGUAAUCAUUGCUGCUAUUUGGGGACGUGUCUUGAGAAAAAUAUCCAAGGAUCUACAGAGUAGUUUUGCAGUGCUCAACACUACUGCGGAAGAAAGAAUUAGUAAUAUAAGAACAGUUAAAGCAUUUGCGCAAGAAAAACGUGAAAUUGAUAGAUAUAAUACUAAGCUACAAGAUGUUUUGAGUCUAUGUUACAAGGAGAGUUUCUAUAGAGGAAUGUUUUUCGGUAUGACUGGUCUUUCUGGGAAUGCUAUUAUUCUGUCGGUUCUUUAUAAUGGAGUAUUUAUGGUUUCAAACUCUGAUAUAACAAUUGGAAGCCUAAGCGCCUUUCUAUUAUAUGCGGGAUACGUGGGGAUAUCUCUAAACGGAUUAUCUUCAGCAUACAGUGAGUUAAAUAAGGCUCUAGGAGCAAAUGCUCGUCUAUUCGAGUUGAUCAAUCGACAGCCGCUUAUUCCUAUCCAGGGUGGACAAAUAUUAGAGAAGGAAUUGUCGGGCAACGUGACGUUUCAAAACGUUUUCUUUGCUUAUCCAACACGAAAAACGAUACAUGUAUUGAAAGGCUUUGAUUUAAAUAUAGAAAAAUGUUCUGUGACAGCUAUCGUCGGUUCCUCUGGUUCUGGAAAAUCUACCGUGGCAUCACUUUUAUUAAGACUGUACGAUCCUACCAAAGGAUCGAUACUCUUGGAUAAUCACAAUCUUCGACUGCUCGAUCCUACAUGGGUAAAAUCACAAAUUAGUAUUGUAUCCCAAGAACCAAUUCUUUUUAGUGGCUCGAUAAAGGAUAAUAUAUUAUAUGGAACGGAAUCUGCGACAGAUGCCGAUAUAGAGGAAGCCGCAAAACAAGCGCACGUGUUACAAUUUACAGAAAAAAUGACGGAUGGAUUAGAUACAAUAGUCGGGGAAAGAGGUAUUGCGCUUAGUGGCGGGCAACGUCAGAGAGUCGCCAUUGCCAGAGCAUUAAUAAAGAAACCAAAAAUUUUAAUAUUGGAUGAAGCAACCAGUGCCUUAGAUGCGGAAAGCGAAUAUUUCGUUCAGAAAGCAUUAGAACAUGCUAUUCGUGGCAGGACGGUAAUAACGAUUGCUCAUAGACUUAGUACAAUAAAAAACGCCGAUAAAAUUGUUGUACUCGAUGGAGGACAAGUGGCGGAAACCGGAACUUAUAGCGAAUUAAUGAGCUUGGAGUAUGGCUAUUUUAAAAAAUUAGUGAAACAUCAAACAUUUGCAUAAAACAUGUACAAAAAUUAAUACUAAACGAGUAAUUAUAUAUCCCUUGAUGUCUUUUUUAUAUAUAG